AAAUUCUAAAUCAGCCCCACGGAAUGCACGCAAAAAAUAUCUUCUUUAUAUACGCAAUCGGAUCCCUCUUCUUCUGCAUAUUCAUCUCCCUCAUUUUCUCAAUUACAAUCCAAAUCGAUCACCGAUUGACGAUGGCGGCAGCGAUUCCAGAAACCUUCUACAUCUCCCAUGGCUCCCCGACCCUCUCAAUCGACGACUCCCUCCCGGCCCGCCAUUUCCUCAAAUCCUUCCAACAGAAAUGCUUCCCCACCAAACCCAAGGCGAUCCUGAUAAUCUCGGGCCACUGGGAGACCUCGGAGCCCGCGGUCAACGCCGUGUCCGGGGCGAGCGACACGAUCUACGACUUUUACAACUUCCCCGAGCAGAUGUACCGGCUCAAGUACCCGGCCCCCGGUUCGCCCGAUCUGGCCAACCGGGUGAAGGGCCUCCUGCAGAAAUCCGGUUUCGAGACGGUCCACGUGGACAAGAAGCGGGGGCUGGACCACGGCGCGUGGGUCCCGCUGAUGCUGAUGUACCCGGAAGCCGACAUCCCGGUCGUCCAGCUGUCAGUCCAGACCAACAAGGACGGCGCGCACCACUACCGCAUGGGGCAGGCGCUGCGGCCGCUCAAGGACGAGGGCGUCAUGAUCGUGGGAUCCGGCUCGGCCACGCACAAUCUGAGGGAUAUGAAGCGCGACGGGAGGAAGACGGUGGAUAAGUGGGCGGAGGAAUUCGACAGCUGGGUGAAGGAGGCGCUGGCGGAGGGGAGGUACGAGGACCUCAAUAAGUACGAGGAGAAGGCGCCCAAUGCUAAAAUGGCGCAUCCGUGGCCGGACCAUUUCUACCCGCUGCACGUGGCCAUGGGCGCCGCUGGGGAGAACACUACGGGGGAGCUCAUCCACCAUAGCUGGACGCACGGGACGCUUUCUUAUGCGUCCUACAAGUUCGCGCCUAAGUAAUUCAAUAUCUUAUACUAUCCUUACUGUUUUACUCUUAGUCGACACCAAAUUAUAUGCCUCGCUCGUGCGAUAUGUAGAUGAAUUCACGGUGUUGUAAUUUGAAUUGCCAUUUCACUCUUUUAUUUGUAUUUACUGUCUAAAAUCCAUGUUAAUUUAGGUGGUGAGAUAAAAUAAUACCAAGAUACAAUCUGGGAUUGGGAUUCA